UCAACCUUCUUGGCGGGAAAAUCCUUCGAAAUCCUGCUCUCUCUCUCUCUCUCUCUAGUUUUGGGUUCAGAUUCUAGGGUUUCGUGCGAAAUGGAAGGAAGCGAGAGCGAGGCGGUGUUCGAAUCGCUGGACCUGAAGCCCCGGCUGUUCGUCAACGAAGUCCUCAACAGCGUCGACGAUUUGCUCGACGAAGCUCUCCUCUUCUAUCAUCAACAAGCGUCGGAUCUUUUGAGAACCGAGGGCUCGGACCGGGCUGAAGAUCUCGGCAAGGGUGUUGCCUAUUUACAUAAUAUGAUUCAAUCAGUUCUGGAUAAGCAUCUUGGUAUGUGGGAGAAGUAUUGUCUUCGCCACUGUUUCAGUGUUCCCGAAGGAUUUUCUUUACCCAAAGAUAAUACCUCUGCUGGUGAUAUUCCUUCAUCUCAUGAUCCAAUUGUUGAUCUCGAGCUUCAAGAGCAGUUGGACUCAUUGAGAAACAGACUAGUUUCGGUUAUAAAGGAGUCUGCUGAGCUGAAUCAAGAACUACAAGUACUCGAAAGGCAGACUGUCUCAACUGAUCAGUUUUCUAAGGUUGUUACUGAAGCACUGGAAUCCACUAGUCAAAGCUCUCUGCACGACACAUUUCAAGAGAUGAUGAGAACUGCAGACGAGCUGCGGUGUAAAAUAGCAAAGUUCAAGACUGGAAGGAUGGAAGAGACAGAGAACUCUAAGAAAAUGAGAUUAGACCAUCAAAAGUACAAUUUCUCUACUAAUUGUAGUACAGGCCUCUGCAGUGCAAAGCUGGAACAUCUUCAACACUUUCUGACCGAUUUGAAGAAAAUGUGAAUUUUGAUGAUCUUUGCAGUUGAUAAGUUCUUAUGAUUGCAGAAUAUCCAACAGGGUUUUGUGUAUAAACGAGGUUGCUUGACUCUUGACGAUAAAUUGCCAUAGCAAGUAGGCCGCUUUGGAUUGAUAGGUUAUCUCGUGCGGAAACCAGCAGGAUGUGUCCUGGGAUGAUGUUCGUGUAUUAUCUAGCCGAACAGCUAGGGGCGGCCCAGGCACAGGUUGGCCCGACCCGCUAUGGGCCGGAUCAAUGUUGAAGGAAGAAACAGAUAUGAUCAUUUUGUUAUUAGGGCUGAUUUGGAAUGAAUACGAUGCUUGUUUUUGGCGAGGAGGAAGAAUUAAUGCAUGCCGGAUCUAGAGUUGAUUUGGA